AUGAACAUUUCAAGUACUUCCACUGACGAAUCUUCCAACAAUUUACAGGAUGUAAACGCAGAAAAUCCACAAUCAAAUUCAGCUAAGAACUGUAGUAGUUCUGAUGACCUUUCAAAUUCUUGUAAGGCAACUUCAUCCGUUAAAAUAGGAUGCUUAAAGAGGCAGGACACAUGCCCUGAGUUGCAAUUGGAACUUGAUGGGCUGAGUGACUUUUACACCUUAACGGUGAAUCCAUUAAGAACUUGUAGUGCCUUCUCAGCCUCAACAAUGAGGAAAUUUCUUGAGCGAGUGAAAUGUUUUCUCAACUUUUGUCGUAUCAAAUAUCCCGAACGCAAGUUAGAUUUCACUUUUGUAAAUGACGUUGACGUCGUACAGGCAUAUAUUACUUACCAACUAGACUUUCGGCACCUUAACAUUUCGACCGUUGUACGGACAAUAACAGCGUUGAUAAAUCUUGCUAAAUACAUUCAUCGAGCUAGUGAGGACAUGGACUCUUGCGUCCAGUUGGUACGUUUGAAGAAUGUACAGCGGCAGUUGUCACAACGCCAGCAAAGUCACCGUCUCGCGACUAAAGCCGGUCUGUGUGGUAAUAAGACAUCGACGUUCAUGUUCCAACACCUUUUAGACACCAUCACAAGCUUGCAGGAUAAAGUCGACUCGUAUCGAGGUUCUCCCAGACAUACACGAAUCCUACAUGACUUUGUUCUGAUCUCGCUGUACGUUACGAGCAUGUGUGGUCGUUCGAAAGAGAUACGUACUUUGCAACUAUUUCAAGAAUGCGUGGAAGGAAAAGAAUUUCAUUUUGAUUGGAAAACUAAGUGCAAUGUAUUCGUUGUAUCUGCUGAUGAGGGCAAAUUCACAUUGUACGAAAAUGAUUUCAAAAAUCUUCGAAGUCAUGGGCCCUCAAAAUUUGAAAUAGAUUCCUCCAUGUGGCUUGUCCCCUACGUGAAAGAAUACAUUAGAAAGAGGACAGAUCUUCUUUGUGGCAAAUCUCAUUCAUUCAUGUUUAUGACCGCAACCGGUUUGGCGUUCACAUCAUCAUCCUUUACAUUAUACUUGGGCGAUUUGUUUGAGAGAGAAGUGCACGUUCGUGCAGGUACAACCAGAUUACGUCAUGCUUUAGUGACACAUGUAUUGUCAUUACCAGAGGCAGAAAGUCUCCGACUGCGUGAAAGCUUGGCAGUGUUAAUGCGUCAUUCUUUGAAACACCAACAAACGACUUACUGUGAUAUUUCGCGGCAAGACCGGACGUUCCUAAGUCUCGAUUUGGUUAACAAAAGUGUAGCAGAAGCGACCUCUUCCAAGAAGUCUCGGGUGGAAUCUUGUGCGGAAUCUUCGUGCCCCGUAGAACCUCAACAUUCUCAAAUAUGUGUGGGCGACAUGGUUGGUCUUGUAGACAGUGUCUCGACGUGCGCAGAGGAUGCAGUGGUCUUCGUAGGAAGAGUUGUAAAAAUUCGAGCAAACGAGGUUCUUUUAAUGGAAUUCCGUAAAGUAGAAGGAAGAGAAACGUUCUACCGUGCAGUUGUAGACAGCAGUUGGUGGGAAAAUUUGAACUCUAUCAUAUACCCAAUAGACAUUGUAUACGACAGCAGAGAACAGGCGUACGAGCUGCGUUCUACCGUCGCUGAAAUUUACGAGGCUGUUUAUGAUGAACGUUGA